AUAUAUAACGUGCUACUAAAAUUUAAUUAUAUUAGAAAACUAUAAUAACAUACUUUAUUUAUCUAAAGCCAACUCAUAUGUAUCAAAACAACACUAUUAUCCAAAUCUAUACGAGAGAUUCUCUAGAAAUGAAUGUGAAGGGAAUCAUGGAUGGAAAAAGUAACACCAAUUGGAUUGUUAAGGAUGAUGAUGAGGUUACUGAUUCAACGUGUUCAUCUUUUUCAUCAUCAGAGAUGGAUGAUGAUAAAGAUCAAGAGGCAUCAUCCUCUUCAACUUCUAGUUUGUCGUCGUCAUCAUCAUCAAAUUUAAAUGGUCCUUUAUAUGAAUUAUCAGAACUCAUGAAUCAUCUUCCUAUAAAGAGAGGAUUGUCUAUGUUUUAUCAAGGGAAGGCACAGUCUUUUGUUUCUUUAGCAAUGGUGGAAAGCAUAGAAGAUCUUCCUAAGAAAGAGAAACAAAAUUACAGAAAUAAAGUGAAAUCAUGCAAGAAUUUUGGUGUGUGCACUCCAAAGGCAACAAUAGCAAAGAAAUCUUCAAGGGGGCCUUGUUUAACCGUAAUAAGUUCUAGAAGAAAGGGUUUCUUUGGAGGGUCUAGAUCUUCCUUUUCUGUAAACAAAAACUUUUGAAAUUUAAUCUUAAAAGAGUUUUUUUCUUAUGCAACAAAAUCAGGAAUUAAAGUUCUAUCGAUGAGUUUGAAACUUGUCAUGGAAGCAAAAUUAAAGAGGGGCAAUGAGAGUGCAAGUAGAAGAUUUUCAAAAUGCAAGCCUCUUAGAGAUAUAAUUUUUUUUUCAUUGAGCUUUUUAGUGCCGAGUUAGGAAAAAUUGAAAUUACUAGAUGGAUUGGAAUGAUUUUAUUGCAUUAUACAUAA